AUGUUCAAAGGCAAGUUAUUGUCACUCUCAACACUAUUUAUUGCACUUAUCAGCAGUGUGCAAUCAGCGAUUCAUUAUAAUCAAGGAGGAAGUGAUUGGACAGGAACAUGCGCCACAGGCAAAAGUCAAUCACCAGUAGACAUCCCAGUUGAUAAUAUUUCUGGGUCCUCAAUUAAUUCAAAAUACUUUAGAUCCAACAAGCUUCUUGAUAUCAUGGUCUCCUAAAAAUCAAUGAGUAACAUAACUCUUCAAGACAACAUAUAUACUUACUAAUAUUCUUUUUCUGAUGGUUACUUGGCAUUCUGGGAUGAGAAUGAUUCUCUUUAAACAUUUCAAUUGCUGCAGUUUCAUGUGCAUGCUCCCUCUGAGCAUACCUUUAAUGGACAAUACUAUGAUGUUGAAGUACACUUUGUUCACAAGCAUACUACCGAGAAUCGACUGGUUGCUUUCUCCGUAUUAUUUGAUACUAAAGCCGGAGGUGAUAAGGAGAACGAAUUCAUUAAGUCCAUGAGUGUCGGAGCCUAAAAUUAGUCAGUUAUUUCAACAUUACCAGCCAUGAAUUUAUUCAAAAAGUUAGACAUGAAUUAACUAUAUCACUAUGAGGGGUCUCUUACUACUCCACCUUGCAAUGAAAUUGUAUCCUGGAUUAUCGUCCACGAUCCUCAGCAGAUCUCGUCUGCGUAGGUCAAGGCUUUUAAUGAUAAAUGGAAAAAUAAUUAGACUUUUGCAGCAGGAAAGGGGAAUAACCGUGGAAUAUAAAAUUUAAAUCAAAGACUAAUUUAUAAAAAAGAUGAUCCGAGAGCAAGCAAUGGAGUAAAUUUAAUAGCAUCGAUAUUACCAUUAUUUGUAUUGCUCUUUGGAUUCUUUUGA